AUAGCAAGCCAUUAUCAUAAUUGAUCUCAACUUUGGGUCAUAUUAGAAUAGUGGGCCUAUUGGGGAAGCACGUAUAAGCGCUAAUUGUACUAGUUUCUGGCUCUCCCAUAGCAGUAGAAGAAGUCGUGCAUCUCUUCAAUCCUCUUCAGUUCGCACCAUCGCACAAACAAACAGAUCGAAAGCAUCAGUUUAGUUUUUAAUCAUGUCGGGAAAGUAUAUCAUAUCUGCUAUUGUUGGAUCAUUUGGAAUUGCAUGGGUUUGUGACACCACUGUGUCAGACAGAAAGAUAUUUGGAGGUACUAUCCCCGGCACAGUUUCAAACAAGGAGUGGUUGGAAGAGACUGACAAGAAGUUUCAGUCAUGGCCUCGUGUCGCUGGUCCACCAGUGGUCAUGAAUCCUAUUAGUCGCCAGAAUUUCAUUGUGAAGUCCCGCACUGAGUCUUGAAUUUGGUUCUUUAUUGAUUUGAAAUUAAUUGGUUCACCAUGGUCAUGAAAUGUGUCACCAUAAAUGAUAACUACACCUGAGAUGAGACUCUUGCAGUUCAAUUAGUGUUUGGGGAGGUUUUGCCAUGUGAAUGUUUUGUCCAAAUAAAUUGUUGAUGUUAUCUUGGAUUCGCUGAUGCAUAUAUUAUUUUGAAAUUCUAUGUGCUAAGAAUAGCACAAAUUGUUUAUGAUACGAUUCUUCUUUUACA